AUGCUUGUCAAACGCUGUUGCCCCUGGCAAGGCCUAGGGCCGCCCCGGUCAGUCGGCGUUGCCCGGAUGUACCAGCGCCUCAUACGGCUGCAUCAAACAUCACGGCGCUCCCUCAGUAUCUCAACUGUUCCACGAAAGUCGUCCCGCAAACCGCUGUUCAACGGCUGUAGGUCACCUGGUUGGCUGUCAAGGCUCUGGUUUGGUCCGGUAGAGAAAGAUGGGACGCCAGGCCGGACGAGUGUGGCCUACCACCACGGUGAUGAUUUCAUCGAUGGCAGCACAAUUUCCGGUCCCCGGCGCAUCCUAAAGUCCAGAAUGGCAGCCCAGAAGAGUGUGCGAUGCACAGAGGUCGAUGACAGAGGAGAGGUUGCAUUUGUUGAUGGAGAACUCCAGAAGACAGAUCUCAUCGCCAAGUAUGGCCUGCUGCCUCGAGAUCUACGCAAAGUUGACUCUUCAACAUUGCCUCAUGUUUCUGUUCGGCCAUCCUCUAUCCUCCUCAAUAUGCUUCAUCUCAAAGUUCUGAUUAAACAUGACCGUGUCCUCAUGUUUGAUGUUUUCGGAUCUCAAACAUCACAUUCUCAAUCAGCGUUUAUGUACGAUUUGCAAGGAAGGCUGAGGCAGAAGGGACUUUCUAGAAACUCCAACACCCUCCCUUUUGAGUUUCGCGCUUUGGAGGCUGUCUUGGCUUCGGUGAUUUCUCAACUCGAGGUUGAGCUCGAGACAGUCAGACAACCUAUUGUCGAGCUAUUAAGCGACUUGGAAGACACGAUCAACCGAGAGAAGUUUCGUGAGCUACUGGUUCUCUCAAAAAGAGUGGGCUCAUUUGAGCAGCGAGGAAGAUUGGUUCGUGGCGCUCUGAAUGAGCUCUUGGACACGGACGAAGACUUGGCUGCUAUGUAUCUAACAGAACGGGCUGAUGGUAUCUAUCGUCAAAAAGACGAUCACGCAGAUAUUGAGCUACUGUUAGAGUCUUACCACAAGCUGUGCGACGAAUUGGUCCAGGACGCUGCUGAUCUCAUCGCAAGUAUUCGAAAUACGGAAGAUAUUAUCCGUGCAAUUCUAGACGCCAACCGCAACUCUCUGAUGCUGCUCGGCCUGAAAUUGAAUGUGGGUGGACUUGGGCUGGCCGUUGGUACAUUCUUCGCAGGCCUCUGGGGCAUGAACCUGGUCAAUUAUUUCGAGGAAGCACCUUGGGGAUUUGCAGUAGUUACUGGCGCUUCAGUUGCUGGAUCCCUUUUGAUAGCUCUGUAUGGAUUGUUUAAGAUACGGAAGAUCCAACAAGGAGGGAUAGGAAUGAUGGACUCGUUAGGAUACGGAAGAAAGAAGGCAAUGUAG